UUAUUUCCAGACUCAAUCAUAAGCUUGUCUUCAAAAACGUUGCUUUAAAACUCUUGACACAACUAAAAUUCCCGAACACACACCUCUGCGAUGCUGUUGAUGGUUUCGGGAAACACACUGACUCGUUGAGCUGAUAUCAAAAGAACUUGCUAACGAUGCUUUCGGGAAACAUCGACUGCAGAAUAGGUUUACGUAUUAUAUCUAGCUCUAUAAAAAGACCCUACAAAGCGUUUCUCCGCCCAAAUCAUCCUCAUACUCUCAAAAACAUUCAUAGGUUGUGACACAAACUAUUAAAUCUAAUUAUCAAACUAGUCAAAUCAAUUCUCAGACUGCUGGCAUUUGAAGACAGAUUUGGCUACAUUUACUGAUCGACACUGCAGACAUAGUUCCUGCUCUAAAUCAUGGAGGCAGCAGAUACUUUAUGUGAAUCGCUCUUCUGCUGGCUGGAGAACCGAGAGGAAUGUGCAGAAGAGCUGGAGAAACUGGAGCAAGAGCCGGAAGAUGUUCCUCAGCGCAGCAACAUCACUCAGGGGUUUAGAGCCUCAAUAUCUGCAGCAUUUGCCUCUGUCUGCCCCACUUCCACAUUGGUAAAGGCAGGUGUCUCCAGCAGUAUCUUUAAUAAAGCUAAAGAAUUAAUGAAAGAAGAUGAGAAGGUUGGGACGAGCAUUCAGGAGCAACUGCGGGAUCUGAAGGACGAGUGUGGAGGAGCGCCGAAUGCUGAUGAGCUGGACUGUGAGGUCACCACUCGACUCAUGUGGGCUCUGGCCAGGAGGAGUAAUACUCCCGUACCUCUAGACUUCCUCAGAGGAUUCAACAAGGCCACGUUCUUUCGUCACUUAGCACCAGGUGGACUGGAUCCAGCCGAGGCCUCAGACUUUAUUUGCCAAGCUCUGGGACUCGAUCGUUCCCCUGAGAUCACGAGUAGCCUGAAGAUGUCGGCCAAAGAAAUGAUGGAGAACAUUGGACGCAUUGGCACUAAAGCUGCUAAAGAAGGAUCAAGGGGUGCGACUGGUUUGGGAAUCUCUCUGUGCGACCUGAUUGUGAAGAGUGAAGCACUAGUAAAGGGCAAUCGGGUCCCGGGUGCCGGGGAAAUAUUGGACGGCCAACGAAAGCUAAAGGAACAGCUGGGUGCAAUGCAGGAAAUCAUCCAGAAAUUGUUCAGACUGAAGAAUCUCGUCAAGGAGUUGGGGGAAUAUUCUCUCUGCAUGACUCAAAACGAAUGGAAUAUAAUGAACUAUAUCAGGGGAACAUGUACGGACGACAGAGUUGUCUCCUGGCUUCAGGGAUCAUCUAAUCAGACUGAAUUUGUGAAUCUUCUAAGAUUUUGCCUGGAGAGGUUGAGUUUCAAACUUCCAGAUUUAGAAUUGCUUGAUAAAACAGAUUUAGACAUUGUGAUUGUAGGUCAUGGCGGUAUUCUCGACCAGUUUAUGCCAGCGGGAGGACUGGUGCCCACACCUAACAUCACAGACACCGUUCUCUACUCUCCGUGGAACUGCCCUAUUGACUCCAAAGCUGCAUAUGCAAUCGCUCAGGGUUUCAUUCAAGCGACAGACAGAGUGUUUCGCCACAUGGCUUAUUAUGAGCCGAACCCUUUGCCAGAUCACUGGAACAGCAUGCGAAGAUCUCCCAGCGACAUCCCAGUGAUCCUUCUAUCCCCGCUGACCCCUGAAGAAGACGCAUGGGCCCUUUUUCAACAGUUUUGGGUGAAUAAUGACAUGGACUCAGAAGACCGUGUUAUUCUUCCAUAUCUUCUCCCACAAGAUCAGGAAAAUGCCUUCGGAGAGAUCCCCCUCUUCAUGUUCAUAUUAGCGUUAUCAUAUAUACUCAGCUGUCAUGGUAAAGCAGCUACUGUGCACCUGGCUGCUUGUUUGUGCAAUGAUGAAAGUCCAUUAAUGGAAGAAGAGUGGGUAAAACAGUACGCCUACACAAGUGAUGGAGCCUAUAUGACUGUGAGCAUGGAUGACAGGAACAUGAACAAUAUGUUAUUCAUGGCCUUAAGAUCAUUGUUUGACAGAAAGCGUAGAUAAAUCCUCUGAACGGCCUCUGGGUCGGUCCUGAUGUGUAGUGAACACAGAGCGACCCGGAGCAGGUUAUUUAU